AGUUGAGAGUGUGGGGUUUUUCCCCGCCCAUUGCUUUCAGUUCCUUCUGUCUCUCCUCAGCCAUAAAGGUAAAACCAUACUGACUUCUGUCAUUCAUAUUUGUGAAACAGCUUGCAACCUUACGUAAAGCAAGGUUUGUGCGAAGAUGUCUGAUCCCGAGACCCCAACCCAGCCUCUCAUCGGCACUACCAGCCAGCAAACAGCAGUUGAUGUAGGAGCACCAGCACAGGGUGGCCGCUCCACCCGGGCCUAUAAGGUGGCAGGUCUAACCCUGUUGGCCUGUGUCCUGAUCAUGAGCCAGGCAAUGAUCGCCUACUUCCUCCUCAGCCAAAGGAAUGACAUCAAAUCUCUGGAGGAGCAGAGCAACAACCUGAAGACACAGCUGACGAAGGGAACAUCUGUGUCUGUGCCAGUGCGGAUGCAGAUGCCCAUGGCUGCUUUGCCCGAAAUGAUGGAUGACUCUGUGGAUGAGGAGUCUUCCACCAAAACCACAGGAAAAACUGUCCCUCAGCAGGCCACCAACUGCCAGCUUGAGGCUGCUGGUAGGAAGCCCGUGCAGGUGCCAGGUUUCUUCCCUGCCUGUGAUGAGCGCGGCUUCUACCAGGCCCAGCAGUGCUACAUGCGCAAGUGCUGGUGCGUGGACCCAGUCAAUGGGAACCAGAUCCCUGGAUCCCUGACGGACGGAUCAGCCAGAUGCGGCGCAGCUGUCCGCCAUGGCGGCAUAAGCACAAUGUUGACUCUGGCUGAUGCUGAUGUCUAAUACUGUGAAGCUGAUGAACUCUCAGCCAGAGACCAGCAACAGGUCAACUCCAAAUCAAGACAUGCUACAACUUUGUCAGCUCAUAAUCACCAUUAUAUCUUUAGCUCUUCAUAAGUUAAUGGGAGUUCUCUGUAAUAAUUACCAAAUUUAUAACCAUUUACCUGCUUGCUAUCAUCUUAUUAUCCAUAACCAAUAUUAGUGUGAGUGAGUGUUUGCUAUUGAUUACAUAACAUCUUUUUCAGGUUUUUAGAUGGCUAGUAAGUGUUAAGUACUUAAGAAAAGUGUUAUUGCUUUGCAGAUUUUCUUUUAUUCAAAUUGUGUUCAAAGUCAAUUCAAUAAUAAGGGGAUGUUAGGAAGUUUGUAAAAGGCAAUUAUUGAUUUUUUUUUGUUAAAACUAGAUUUUUUCUGCAAAAUAUAAAUGAAAAAUUAAGAUCUGCUGACCCAAUAUAUUUAAUUACUGGAUAAUGAACAUGACUUAGUCUGUGAAAGUUUGGCUAAAGCCAAAGGGAUGAAAACUAUGAUAGUAAGUAUUGUCACACGUUUGGAACACAAUCAGGAACAAAUGAGACAAGUGUAAACUGUAUUUUCCCCAUUUAUUGGAGCCACCCAAAUAAAGCUAUUAAAGACA